UCAAGCAGACCCCCAACCCCUACACCCUUGUCCUCGUGUUUCUUCUCCAUAUAUGCUCCCUAAUUUAAUUUCACUAAUCCAAACACACCUCUUUUUCAUUCACAUGGUAGGGGACAACCUUAAUUACUUGUCUUUCUUUCAACCUUACUUAGUAUCCGCCAAAUUAAUUCCUUAAAUGCUCCAAGAAGCCAACCGAAAUGACUCAAUAAGAACUUCAUCCUCAACCACUUUCUUUCUUGAGGAAUAAACUACUUUUGGAUUUAGGACUUCCAAACACAAGUAGUAGAUUUUUUUUGUUUGAACCAUUCGAUAUCUGAAAUUCAUUAGUCCGACUAAUCUUGUACAAAAAUGGGAAGAGGUAGGGUUCAGUUGAAACGGAUCGAAAACAAGAUCAGCAGGCAAGUCACUUUCUCGAAGAGACGCUCUGGAUUGUUGAAGAAAGCAAAUGAGAUCUCCGUUUUGUGUGAUGCUGAUGUUGCCUUGAUCGUUUUCUCCACCAAAGGCAAGCUCUUUGAGUAUUCCUCCGAGUCCAGCAUGGAAAGUAUUCUGGAAAGAUACGAAAGGUAUUCAUAUGCAGAGAGAAAGUUGAAUGCCAAUGACGUUGAUCCCAUGGAAAAUUGGACUGUAGAGUACCCGAAGCUCAUGUCAAGGAUUGAACUUAUACAAAGAAACAUAAGGCAUUAUACGGGCCAGGAUCUGGAGCCUCUUAGUUUGCGAGAGCUACAGAGUUUAGAGCAACAGAUGGAUACAGCAUUGAAGCGAAUACGAAGCAGGAAGAAUCAAGUGAUGCACGAGUCCAUUUCUGAGCUGCAGAAAAAGGAGAAAGCGCUGCAAGAACAAAACAACUCGAUGACUAAGAAGCUGAAAGACAAAGAUAAAAAGCAAAGUGGUCAAACACAACCCACUUCAGGCCAAAACUCUGCAACCUUUAUGCUACCUCAGCAGCCUCCACCACAAUCUCGCCAACUUCCUAACCUAACAAUUGGUGGACCAUUUGAAGCAACAAGGGUAAGGAACAGAGAUGGAGGUCAAGCUCACUAUGGUUCUAAUUCCCUGAUGCCGCCAUGGAUGAUCCGCCAUGUCAACACUGAUGGGUGAAAACAAGAUGUAAUAUUGGAAGUUGGAACCCCACUGUGCUGUAGAUGCAUGUACUCGCUCCCACUAUAGUACGUAGGCAUUGCCUCUGCAACAGCUAGAUCAUAUAGAUGUACCCAUGUCUAUCUGUAUAUGUUCCAAUCAAUGAAUUUUCCAGCUUGUAUGGAUCAUUAUCGCCAUGAAUGAUAAAUGUAGCCUUAUCUCAGCUGCUUUUUUAGA